AAAAGCCGCCUCCUUUGCUGUUUGUUUCAACUCUCUUCUUCUUCUUCUUCUUCUUCUUCUUCUUCUUCCUCCUCCUCCUCCUCUCCUCCUCCUCCUCCUCCUCUUCUUUUUCAGGUUAACAAGCUUCAAACGCUAAAAAUUUUAUUCGUCGAAUCAUCCGCAAAACAAUAUUAAGUUUCACUCGUUGAAUCAUCCGCACGACAAGCUUAGGUUUCACUCGUUGAAUAAUCCUUUAGCUGAAAUCUAAGUUUAUUUUUGAACCUAAUCAUUGGAGCUUGAAGAUUUGAACAUGUCUGCAAAAUGGCGAGCCUUGCAGCACCGGCAUCGUUACACUUAUAGCGCCGUAUUUUUCCCCCACUCUUACGUUGAAUCUUUAAACUCAUUGACUUCAGAUUCACCUUCACCUUCAAAAUUUUUCCUCGAACUGAAGGAAUUGAUUUCUCUUAAUUCCACUUAUGCGCAAGUCAAUCAUGCGAAGAAUGUAGCCUCAGCUUUUGGGGAUUUACUGGGGAAUGGCGAAGAGGGUUUGGUGUCUAUGGCAGCGAGGUUUUACUUGGAGAUUCUCUUUCUCGAGAAUUCACUUCCCCUGCACAGAACUCUGGUUUCCGUGCUCGCCAAGAAUCGAAAUUUUCAGUCUUUGAUUGGUGGGUGCUUUCGGUCGCUUUGCAAGGAGUAUGGUGGUGGGAAAGGCAAGAGGUUUUGCGUGUCGCGGGCGGCAUUGUCGAUGAUGAGUUCGCCCAAGUUGGGGUAUUUAGUGGAAGUUGUGGAGGAGUGUGCUAUAUUGGUGGCUUUGGACGUACUGUUUGGUUUGAAUGCUGUGGUUUCGGAGACUAUUGGUUGGUCUCGGCCUUCGCCUAUUGUUAUGGAACAAUGCCAGGAGGCUUUGUCGUGUUUGUAUUACUUGCUUCAGCGGUUUCCCUCGAAGUUUGUGGAUUUGGAGAGUGUUGAAAGUGGUUUGGUUCCUAAACAUUCCAAUGUUUUGGAAAGUAUUGUGACUACAAUCUUAAAUAUAUUGAAAUCAUCCGCAUUUUCAAGGGAUUGCUUUGUGGCUGCAGGCGUGAGUUUCUGUGCAGCAAUUCAAGUAUGUCUCGACCCUCAGGUGCUGGGUGUUUUUAUCAUGGAAGGUAUUUUUUAUCAAAAAACUUGUAGCUCUAUUAGUUGUAGGCGUGAAUUCCAGGAUGUUUUAUUGAAAGUUCCGUAUAAUGGGGAUGUAUAUUAUGAGAUUGGCAAUUUAUCUGUAUUGAGUAGACUGUGCUUGAUAAGAGGAAUUCUCACAGCAGUUUCAAGGACAGUACUCAAUACCCAUUUUUCUGUAUUGAAAGAUAAUUUGACUGGUUUUGAGGAUCCGAAAAAUGGUUGUAACCUGGUUCAGACUAUUCUAUAUGAUGGAAUUUUGCCUGAGCUAUGUAACUACUGUGAAAACCCCAUUGAUAGCCAUUUUAACUUUCAUGCAUUGACUGUGUUGCAGAUCUGCUUGCAACAAAUAAAGACUUCUCUGUUAGCUAAUCUUGCUAAUCCUAUAGAAAAUUAUGACCCAAUCCCAGAGGGCAUGGGAACUCGCAUAUUGAGGGUUAUAUGGAAUAACCUGGAAGAUCCUCUAAGUCAGACAGUCAAACAAGUUCAUCUCAUUUUUGAUCUUUUCUUGGACAUUCAAUCCACCCUCCAUUGGGCAGAGGGUAGUGAGAGAAUAAAAUCAUUCUUGCGGAAGAUUGCAGCUGAUCUUCUCCGGCUGGGGCCACGUUGCAAGGGAAGAUAUGUACCUUUAGCUUCUCUGACGAAGAGGUUGGGAGCAAAGGCUGUUUUGGAUAUGAAUCCCAACUUGCUGUUUGAAACAAUACAUGCAUACAUUGAUGAUGAUGUUUGCUCUGCUGCCACAUCAUUCCUGAAGUGUUUUCUUGAGUAUUUACGGGAUGAGUGUUGGGGCAGUGAUGGCAUUGAAAGGGGCUAUGCAAUUUAUAGGGGACAUUGCUUACCUCCCUUUUUGUAUGGACUUGCUUCUGGAAUUUCCAAGCUCCGCUCAAAUCUAAACACCUACACUUUGCCAGUUUUACUUGAAAUGGAUGCGGAUUGUAUAUUUCCAAUGCUUGAAUUUAUCUCUGCUGAACAAAAGGCAGAAGACGCUGGACUGGUUUAUCCUGAACUUAGUGGCACAAACAUGGAUCUAGGAGUUGGAGAAAGAGUGGCCAUUUUAGUGUCGUUGCUCAAGGGCUCUCGCUUGCUUGCAUUGAUUGAAGGGGAUAUUGAUUGGUUGGAUAAAAAUUCAAGGAGUCAAGAAGAGAGUAGGGUGGGAAAAGAUAAUAUUGAUCUUUAUGCUCUUGUCUGCAUAAAGGGGAUAAGCAUUAAAGUCCGAGUUGAGUGGCUAGUGCUGGCACUGACCCAUGUUGAUGAAUCUCUCCGUAUAGAUGCUGCAGAAUUGCUUUUAUUAAAUCCAAAGACAUCUAGUUUGCCUUCCCAUCUAGAGCUCAGCUUGAUGAAAGAAGCAGUGCCGCUGAACAUGAGAUGUUGCUCUACAGCUUUUCAGAUGAAGUGGACAAGCUUGUUUAGAAAGUUCUUUUCUCGGGUUCGUACAGCUUUGGAGAGACAAUUUAAGCAGGGGAAUUGGAGACCCACUGGAUUCAGCAACAAUAGUGAAGUCUAUCAGUAUAACAGAACAGAGGAAAUUGCAAACAGCAGAGCAGAAGAUCUUUUUCAUUAUAUGAAGUGGUUGAGUUGCUUUCUGUUUUUUUCAUGCUAUCCCUCUGCUCCAUAUGAGAGAAAAAUAAUGGCCAUGGAGCUCAUCUUGAUAAUGGUUGAUGUUUGGUCUAUAAUACCUCCUGCAGAGGGAGAGGGUUGUUGUGUUUCUCCUGAUAAAUGUCUUUAUCCUUACAAUAAAGGAUUAACUUUACCUGAUUCAACCUUGUUGUUGGUUGGGUCAAUAAUUGAUAGUUGGGACAGGCUGAGGGAGAGCUCUUUCCGCAUAUUGAUUCAAUUUCCUACCCCACUUCCUGGAAUCUCAAGUCCAGAGAUGGUCCAGAAAGUAAUUAUAUGGGCCGAGAAAUUAGUAUGCAGUCCACGCGUUAGAGAAAGUGAUGCUGGAGCGCUGACUUUGAGGCUUGUAUUCAAGAAGUAUGUGGUGGAGCUUGGAUGGAUGGUCAGGGCCUCGAUCAAUGACGUUUCUUUUCAUUCUCAGUCGAAAAUGUUAAGCAGGGAUCAUCAAAUUUGCAAAGGUAGCUACCCUUUGAUUGAAUAUAUAAAAUCACUGAUCAAUUGGUUACAUUUUGUUGUUGAGGAAGGAGAGAAAGAUCUUUCUGAAGCAUGCAGGGAUAGCUUUGUUCAUGGCAUAUUGCUUACUCUUCGAUACACUUUUGAGGAAUUGGAUUGGAAUUCUGAGGUUAUCUUGUCAAAUAUCUCUGAGAUGAGAUGUGCAUUGGAGAUGCUCUUAGAGUUGGUCAUGCGGAUUACGUCAUUGGCGCUUUGGGUGGUUUCUUCAGAUGCUUGGUAUCUGCCCGAGGACACAGAUGAUAUGAUUGAUGGUGAUACAUAUGACUUGGGGGUUCCCCUUGAGACCAAUAUGCCUGUGUCUUCGUCAGAACAGGAUGUUAAAAAUUCAAAACCUUUACAGGAUGUCAGACCACCUGAACAGAUUGUUAUGAUUGGUUGCUGGCUUGCUAUGAAGGAGGUGAGUCUUCUUCUGGGAACCAUCAUAAGAAAAAUUCCUUUGCCAAGUGAAAUUCCAGAUUCAUCAAUGUCACACGACAAUUUUUCUGGUGCUGCUGAUACUGCAACAACAAUGAUAUCUGAUAUGGUGCUUGAUUUGAACCAACUUGAGACAAUUGGGGGCCACUUCUUGGAGGUGCUUCUGAAAAUGAAGCAUAAUGGUGCUAUAGAUAAGACAAGGGCUGGAUUUACAGCUCUUUGCAAUCGGUUACUUUGUUCAAAUGAUCCAAGACUUUGCAGGUUGACAGAAUCAUGGAUGGAGCAACUCAUGGAAAGAACUGUGGCCAAGGGACAAAUAGUGGAUGAUCUCCUGAGGAGAAGUGCUGGCAUUCCUGCAGCUUUUAUUGCUUUUUUUCUCUCAGAACCAGAAGGCACACCAAAGAAACUCCUUCCAUGGGCUUUGCGGUGGCUAAUAGAUGUAGCUGACAGGUCUUUGCUGGAUACAACUGAAGCCAGUGGGGCAAAAGAUGGCUCACACAAGAGUUUAUCAGUAGAAGCAAACAAAGAAAUCAUUUCUGGACAUUCACUGGACACAAAUGUGAACGAAAAAACCUCAAAAAUUCGAGAUGAAGGUGUUGUUCCAACUGUACAUGCAUUCAAUGUCCUUAGAGCUGCUUUCAAUGAUACCAACCUAGCAGCUGAUACUUCAGGUUUUGCUGCGGAGGCUUUGAUUAUUGCAAUACGUUCUUUUUCUUCACAGUACUGGGAGGUGAGGAAUAGUGCUUGUCUUGCAUACACUGCAUUGGUUCGUCGCAUGAUUGGAUUCCUCAAUGUACAAAAGCGAGAAUCUGCACGUCAUGCGUUAACUGGGCUUGAAUAUUUUCAUAGGUAUCCUUCCCUGCAUCCGUUUCUAUUCAAUGAGCUGAGAGCUGCAACUGAGUUCCUUGGAGAUGGAUCUUCUGAAAAUUCUGUUUCCAACUUGGCGAGUGUUGUGCAUCCAAGCUUGUGCCCUAUUCUAAUACUUUUAUCCAGGCUCAAGCCUUCUACAAUGGCAAGUGAAGCCGGAGAUUCCCUGGAUCCUUUCUUGUAUAUGCCAUUCAUUAGGAGGUGCUCAACCCAAAGUAAUCUAAGAGUACGCAUACUUGCUUCGAGAGCUUUAACAGGCCUGGUAUCUAAUGAGAAACUGCCAAGUGUCUUGCUCAAUAUUGCCUCUGAGUUGCCUUGUAUAGAGAACCAAAUGACAACCACUGGAGCAUCAUCCAGCUUGACCUCCCAUGCUUCCUUUAAUUCCAUUCAUGGAAUGCUCUUGCAGAUAGGUUCUCUUCUAGAUACCAAUUGUAGAAACCUGGCUGAUUUCUCCAAGAAAGAUAAGAUUCUAGGUGACCUGAUUCAGAUUAUUGUGGUGCGUUCGUGGAUUGGGAGCCCCAAAUUGUGCCCAUGUCCAACUCUCAAUACAUCUUUCCUAGUGGUGCUAGAUCAAAUGCUCAGUAUUGUAAGAAAAUGUCAGACCAGCAAAAAUUUUGGUGUCAUUUACAAUCUUCUUCUGGAGUUAUCUUCAGAAUGCUUAGAUGUGGACACUUCCAGGUCUUCAUAUUAUGACCCAACUAUAGCAGAAUUACGCAAACAAGCGGCCAUUUCCUAUUUCAGUUGUGUAUUUCAAGCAUCUAAAGAGAUGGAACAAGAAGUUCUCCACAUGCCACAAAGAUAUUGUCCACCGACUCCAAAUUUGAUGAAUCUACCUGAAAUGGAAAAUGCUUUUGAUGGGCUUCAAGAAAGACUGAUUCUCUGCUUGUCAGAUAAAUCAUAUGAAGUUCGACUUGCUACAUUGAAGUGGCUUCUUCAGUUCCUAAAGUCAACAGAUUCUAUUCAUGGAGCCAACUAUCAAUCUAGUCAUGGAACAGAGAUUAUUCAUUGCUGGGCCAAGACCAACCUCCAGGCGACAUUGAUGAAUCUCCUAACCAGGGAGAAGAACCACCGAUGUACGCAUUACCUUCUGAGGAUUCUUUUCACUUGGAAUUUGCUGCAAUUUCAGAAAAUGGAUGACCAAAAAUGCACAGGUGCAAUUUAUGUUGGUGACAUGGACUCUGAUUCUGUGGUUUUGUUUUGGGAUGAAUUGGUCUCAUUGUUUGAGCGUGCAAGACAUCAAAAAAUUCGGGAAAUUCUUAUCUGCUGCAUGGGGAUAUGCAUAAAGCAGUUUUCACAAUCCUUUACGAGUUAUGUUAUUUCUGAUGUUGGGAGGAAGGAAAGCAUCGAAAAUAGAAAAUUUGAAUUGCACAGAUUGGAUCACUUGUACGAACGCAUCAAUUACUUUUGUAAUCUAAUUAAACAAUGCAGUGCCUCAUCUGAGCCAGUAAACAUGCGCAAAGCGGCUGCUGAAUCCAUGGUUGCAUGUGGUUUGUUGGAGCAAGCUGAGGUUGUUGGUUCCCAUCUCGUCAGUGACAAAGUCCCAUCUGCAAAUCAAUGUUCUUCUUUUGAGCCAAAAGAAGCUGUUACUAUUUAUGCUUGUAUGAUACUCGAUACAUGGUUCGUAUGUAUCCAGCUGCUGGAGGAUGAGGACGUUGGCGUCAGAAAGAGACUUGCCAUUCAUGUGCAGAAUUGUUUUGCAUCCAAGCAAUAUGGAAGAAACUUGGGGGCUGGAGCAGUUCCAACACAAGUGGAAAAAGUAAUUGAAUUGAGUUUUGAGUUUCUGUCUUCAAUUUUUGGCCACUGGCUUGAGUACUUCAAUCAUCUUUCACGAUGGGUCCUCAAUGCCACAAAUUAUGUUGUAUCCAGAGGAGAUCUUGUCAGACGAGUUUUUGACAAAGAAAUUGAUAAUCAUCAUGAAGAAAAAUUGUUGAUCAGUCAGAUAUGUUGUUUCCAUUUGGAGAAGCUUCCAGUUUCAAAAUCUUGGGUGGAUUUCACUGACAAACAUUCGGUAUGGAAUUUUCUGCUCGAGUGGAGAACAAAUUUCGCCAAUCAGCUGGUGGGCUUUGCUAAGGAUCAUAGUGAAAUACAGAGCGGAGUUGAUUGGAUUGGGGGUGUGGGCAAUCACAAGGAUACAUUUUUGCCACUUUAUGUGAGUUUGCUUGGCUUUUAUGCCCUCUCUAAAUGCAUUUUCAGUGUAGGAACUGAGGAUGGAAGACCUCUGAUACGUGAUGUUGUUGAAGUUGGAAAAACUAUCAACCCAUUUCUCCGAAACCCCUUAAUUUAUAACCUUUAUUUGCUAGUGAUUAAAGUACAUGAGAAAGUGUUCAAUGGCACCAUUGACCACUAUAUCCCCGAAACAAGGGGAGAUGAUGCAUGGGAUAAUUUUGAUCCUUAUUUUCUUCUUGGGUAAGAUCUAGUUUGUAUAAUACAAAAGAGUGAUUCUGAGAGGAUAAAGAUUCGCCAAGGGAGAUUGAAUUCUUUGUAUUUAUAACAAUGAGUUGUAUAUUAUAGUAGGGAAAUUUGGUCUCA